AUGGGAGCCUACAAGUACAUCGAGGAGCUCUGGCGCAAGAAGCAGAGCGACGUGCUGCGCUACCUGCUGCGCAUCCGCUCCUGGGAGUACCGCCAGUGGCCGUCGAUCGUGCGGCUGACGCGGCCGUCCAGGACGGAGAAGGCGCACAAGCUGGGCUACAAGGCCAAACAGGGCUUCGUGGUGUACAGGGUGCGCGUGCGGCGCGGCAACCGGAAGAAGAAGGCCUCCAAGGGCAUCGUGUACGGCAAGCCCGUGCACCAGGGCAUCACGUCGAUCAAGCCCAAGAAGAACCACCAGUCGCUGGCGGAGGAGCGCGUGGGGCGCAAGUGCGGCGCCCUGAGGGUGCUCAACAGCUACUGGAUCAACGAGGACAGCACCUACAAGUACUACGAGGUCAUCCUUGUUGACCCCUUCCACCAGGCUAUCAGAAAUGACCCCCGCAUCAACUGGAUUUGCAGGCCGGUGCACAAACACCGUGAGAUGCAUGGCCUGACCUCCUCGGGGAGGAAGUACCGCGGCCUGGUGGGGAAGGGCCACCGCCACACACACUGCCGCCCCUCCAGGAGGGCAGACUGGAAACGCAGGAACACGCUCAGCCUCCGGAGGUACAGAUAG